AUGAAGCUGUUCACUCCCAUCACUCGUUUCCUGUCCCUCGUUGCACUAUCCUCCCACCUUGCACAAUCCCUGCCACACCUUCCGGACCAGGUAAACUGGAAUCUCAAUCAAAAUCAGACCGCGACAGAUCCCCUGGACUACGCGGGUCAGUGGGAUGGCCACUCGUAUCACCCCUCCCCAGAGAACUGGCGGUUCCCUUUUUACACAAUCUUCCUCGAUAGAUUCGUCAAUGGCGACCCCAGUAACGACGAUGCAAACGGAACGCAGUGGGAACACAUCCUGACCUCCAACCAGUUCCGCCAUGGUGGCGAUGCGCUUGGUUUGAUGGAUACCUUUGAUUACCUGCAGGGCAUGGGGAUUAAGGGUCUCUAUCUUGCCGGAACACCAUACAUCAACUUUCCUUGGGGUGCCGAUGGGUACUCCCCGCUUGACCUGACUCUGAUGGACCAUCACUACGGAACGAUCGAGGACUGGCGCACAAUGAUAUCCGAGGCUCAUCAGCGGGGGAUGUAUGUGUUGUUUGAUAAUACCUUUGGAACAAUGGGAGACCUCGUCGGUUUCCAAGGUUACUUGAACAGGUCCGCGCCGAUCAAUCCCAAUGAGUACGACUAUGUAUGGAAGUAUGACCGUCGGUACUGGGACUUUCAGCCGGGAAAUCAAAUCGAGGCAGAAUGUCCCUGGGAGUAUCCUCGGUUCUGGGAUGACGACGGAACCGGCUUGACCACCACCACCCUUGGCCCUUCAUGCCGCAAUAGCGAAAUUGAUCAGUACGGAGAAGUGGCUGCCUUCGGAAACUACACUGAAUGGGAAGGGCAGAUUGCCAAGUUCGCAUUCGUGCAGGAUCGUUUGCGCACCUGGCGGCCAGAUGUUCUGGCAAAGAUCAAACACUUUUCGUGUCUGACCAUCAGCAUGCUGGAUAUCGAUGGAUUCCGUGUGGACAAAGCUCUGCAAGUGACCCUGGACAAUCUUGGCGAGUGGUCCGAGUCCGUGCGGGAAUGCGCCCAGCAGCUGGGCAAAGACAAUUUCUAUAUUCCGGGAGAAAUCGUGUCGGGGAAUGCCUUUGGCUCGCUGUACAUCGGUCGCGGUCGCCAGACCAAUCAAACCAGCUCCAACAUCACCGAAGCGUUUAUGAUGACCAACAAGACAGACAAGUCAGACGAAGAUCUCUUCUUGAGACCUGCUGAGCAAUCCGCGUUGGACGGGGCGGCCUUCCACUACACCUUGUACCGUGGCCUGAGUCGGUUUCUAGGUCUGGAUGGCGUCUACGCCGCUGAAGGUGACCCGCCCGUCAAUUUCGUCGAAACCUGGAAUGGACUUGUCCAGACCAAUGAUAUGGUCAACACGAAUACCGGCAAGUUCGAUCCUCGUCAUCUCUUUGGCGUCACGAAUCAGGACGUUUUCAGGUGGCCUGCGAUUAAGAACGGCACCCACAAGCAGAAUCUGGGACUGUACAUUGCUUCACUACUCAUGCCGGGAGUUCCUAUUCUUUCCUGGGGCGAGGAACAGGAUUUCUAUGUUCUGGACAAUCAGGCCAAUAACUAUAUCUUCGGUCGCGGACCCAUGUCAUCUGCUCAAGCGUGGCAGCUUCACGGAUGCUACAAGCUGGGAUCCGACAAGUACUAUGACUUUCCGCUCGAACGCGCCCUCACCGGAUGUGGAGACGAUUCCGUCAGCCUCGAUCACCGGGAUCCUUCUCACCCCCUGCGUGGUCUCAUCAAGAUGAUGUUCGAGAUGCGCCAAAACUACCCAGUUCUCAAUGAUGGCUGGUACCUGCAGCAAUUGUCCAACCAGACCGUGGAUAUCUACCUGCCAGGCAGCAAUGGGACACCAACCGAGACAGGCAUGUGGAGUGUGAUGAGGUCGCGGUUUGCGGAUCUGCAGAAUUUCGACGGCCAAGGCCAGGGCAAUCAGAGUGUCUGGCUCGUGUAUGCAAAUGAUAACAAAACGGUCAAUCAUCAAUUCAACUGCAGCGACAAGGACGCGUUGAUCUCGCCAUUUCCCGCAGGGACGACAGUGAAGAACCUGUUCCACCCAUUCGACGAAUAUACGCUGGUCAACAGCUCGAUGACGCUUGGAUUUGAAGGGUCGGAGCUUCCUAACGGGUGCUAUCCCAACCUUACCAUGCCCGCUUGGGGGUUCAAAGCCUUUGUUCCGAAGGAUAAGUUCGUGUCGCCUUCCCCAUACAUAACGAGUUUUACCCCGGGGCAUGAUGCGCGUCUUGUCUCCAACGGCACUGACGGGGAGACCAUACGGAUCGGCUUCGAAUUUUCUCAAGAGAUGGAUUGCGAUCAAAUCACCAACUCGUUGACGGUCACGUCCACAGCGCUCAAUGACGAGAGUGCUCAGCUGAACACGACCUCGGUCUCUUGUAAAGCUAUUGCCGAGACGGAAGUGGCGGCAUGGCCAGGGGCAUUGACGAGUGUUUUCAGCUAUGAGGCAAAUUUGUCCAAUGUCUUUCCAGGGAUUCAUAGAAUCACCGUGAGCAAUGUGACCACUGCAACAGGAAAUCAAUCCACGAACUCGGUCGACCACUUUCUUUUCCGUAUUGGGGAGACAACCAAUCCAAUGGUCUGGCCCCAGCUGGCCAACUACAGUAGAACUUUACUGUUCGAAACCCCGUCAUCCGACACGGAGCCCUUGUCCGUGAUGCCGCACGCCCCCGGUGCCGACAUGUGGCGCUACUCGCUGGAUUUUGGAGCUACCUUUAGUGCCUGGAUGACAUAUACCGGCUUCAAUACCUCGAUCCCCGGCAAGAACUGGACCGGGACCGCCAAACAGGCCUGGGAUGGAGAGCACAUCAUCGCCCAAUACUGGAGCAAGCUGGCCGGAAGUAGUGAUCACUGGCUCCAUGGAGACGCCCAGUGGGCAUACAAGCCGCCGCGGCGCUUUCCCAACCUCUUCAUUGAAGGCGACUUCAAUCAGUAUGGCUACGAUGCGGGCUACUCGAACCAAAUGGCUCUUAGCAACGUCACAGGUCGGUGGGAAAUCAACUUCAUGGGCGAAUGGCCCGUCCAGGUUGCAUUCAAUGCCUGGGGCAUGAACGAAGACGGUCUGCCCGAUCAAACUCAGGUGUUUGGGGAUAUCGAUGGCGACAACGUUCUGGACCAGGUUCCACCCGUCACGCUGCUCAGUAAUGUAUUCAACGUGACCAUUCCGCCGCCUUCGCCUUAUCUGUCGUUCAAACUCACCGUGGACGACGGCGAUCUGAGGGUCUACGCCGUUCCCGCCGGAUCGAGAUGGGUUCAGCUGGCCCUCUUUAUCUUGCUCGCUGUCAUCCCGGUCGCUACCGCGGUCGGCGCUGUCUAUACUUACCUCAAGGCGUUCUACAAGGUCAAGUUCAACCAAAUCGGCGUCACGGAGAAAACGUCAACCUUCGCUCCAUUCGUGAGUGUCUUGCACAAGGCGACCCGCUCUGCAGAUGACCGGGAAGCAAAUUCCGGACUUGAUCGAACCUCCAUGAUCCCGACCCUGUCUCACGGUGCCAGUGUCGUGGGUGCCACGGUGAACGUCCAACGGCGCACCGUACUCAUCGCUACCAUGGAAUACGACAUCGAAGAUUGGGCCAUCAAGAUCAAGAUCGGUGGGCUGGGUGUGAUGGCUCAGCUGAUGGGCAAACACCUGACUCAUCAAGACUUGAUCUGGGUGGUUCCCUGUGUUGGAGGCGUCGAGUAUCCCAAGGACGAUAUCCAGGAACCGAUGGUCGUCACCGUUCUUGGGAACAAGUAUCAAGUUGACGUCCAGUAUCAUCGGCUGCACAAUAUCACGUACGUCUUGCUCGACGCGCCCGUGUUCCGAGCGCAGUCCAAAUCGGACCCGUAUCCAGCCCGGAUGGAUGACCUGCAUUCGGCCAUCUUCUAUUCAGCCUGGAACCAAUGCAUUGCGGAAGCCAUCAAGCGAUUCCCGGCCAUUGACCUCUAUCACAUCAACGAUUAUCAUGGCGCAGCCGCUCCGCUGUAUCUUCUACCGCAGACGAUCCCAUGCUGCCUGUCUCUGCAUAAUGCUGAGUUCCAAGGCCUAUGGCCAAUGCAUACCCCACAGCAAGUUCAAGAGGUGUGCAAGGUUUUUAACUUGAGCCAGCCAGUGGUGAAGAAGUAUGUGCAGUUUGGUGAUGUUUUUAAUCUCCUUCAUUGCGCUGCCAACUAUCUGAAAAUCCACCAGAAUGGAUUCGGUGCCGUGGGUGUUUCGAAGAAGUACGGUAAGAGAUCGUACGCGAGAUAUCCCAUUUUCUGGGGCCUCAAGAGCAUCGGGGCUCUGCCAAACCCGGACCCAUCCGACCUGGCUGAGUGGGAUCACAACGCAAGCAACAAUGGGGAGGUCACUAUUGACGAAGAGUUCGAAGCCAGUCGUGCCGCACUCAAGAAACAAGCGCAGGAAUGGGCAGGACUUAAAGUUGACCCAGAGGCGCAGCUGUUUGUGUUUGUGGGCCGCUGGUCCAUGCAAAAGGGCAUUGACUUGAUUGCGGACAUUUUCCCCUCCAUCCUUGAUGCUCAUCCCAAGGUCCAGUUGAUGUGCAUUGGACCAGUCAUCGAUCUCUAUGGAAGGUUUGCCGCAAUGAAACUGAACCGGCUGAUGGAGCUCUACCCCGAACGCGUCUUUUCCAAGCCAGAGUUUACCGCCCUGCCCCCAUUCAUUUUCAGUGGCGCUGAAUUCGCUUUGAUUCCUUCGCGAGAUGAACCGUUUGGUCUGGUGGCUGUCGAAUUUGGCCGGAAAGGGGCGUUGGGCGUGGGAUCACGUGUUGGUGGCCUUGGGCAGAUGCCAGGAUGGUGGUACACGAUUGAGUCAAUGACCACCAAGCACCUCACUCACCAGUUCAAAUCGGCCAUCAAUGACGCUCUGAGGUCAUCUCAUGAGACCCGAGCGAUGAUGCGCGCACGAUCCGGCAAGCAGCGCUUCCCUGUCGCGCAGUGGGUUGAGGAUCUUGGGAUCCUUCAAACCACCUCGAUCGAGAAGCACGCGAAAUACUCGAAGCGCCACGACCGCAGCUCCUGGAGGUUUUCCGGUAGCAGCACCCUGGUUCCCGACAUCAUGCCCAACGUCCGCUUCUCGUCCAGCUCAAACAACAGCCGCGAACAUAGCCGAUCGCGCAGCCCCACCAUCUCGGGCUCGCCUCGCAGGCCGAUUCCAGUGGAUUCGAGACCCGGAACUCGACCCGGCCAUGGCCGCGUUCCCUCGCUGCCGGCAAAUCUACCCUCCAGCCUGAGCAUAUCCCACGACCCCGAUACUGACAUGGAGUCCCCACGCAGACCCUUGUCAUCCGCCCAUCGUGUCGGACCGCGAGUCAUUUACACUUUCACCCCCGACGGGGAAGAUUUCGAGCACACGCCAGGGGUCACCCAGGACGACUCUAGUGACCGCCCACCCUCGGCCCUGUCGCCGUCCGGGGCUGCCAAUACUCCUCAUUUCAAUAACUCGGGAGCGAGCACCCCUUCUCUCGGGCCAGGGCCAGAAGAUGGCUUGCUGGGUCGAAGAAACCUCAGCCCGUUCAUGAUGAGUCUGGUCAGCGUCGAAGAUAUUAUCCGGGAAAAGGAAGACUACAACCUGCAGAAGGUCAGUCCAUUCUUCACGGAUGCCAAUCAUGAGUACGCCGACAAGUUUGCCAAGAAGCUGGCGGAUCUGAAUGGCAAGAACUCGGAAGACCAACUGUGCAUCGAGUUGUUUAUCGAGAAGAGUGAGAAAGACUGGUUCAAUCGAUACCGCGACGUCAAACUGGGCAAGUCGCCUCUUCCGUCUCCGUCCCCUUCGGUCUUUCGUUUCAAGAUCCAUGACACCAGUCGACCGCCGACCCCGGCGGCGGCUGCUCCUGUUGACCCAAACGCUGGGCAAUUCCUCCUCCCGAAGGACUAUGUUCCUCCGACGGGGUUGAAGCGGUUCAUGUUGAUGAAGCUGGGGGAGUGGCCGGUGUAUUCCAUCGUCCUGGCUAUUGGCCAAAUUCUUGCCUUGAACUCGUACCAGAUUACGCUCUUGAACGGCCAGGUCGGAGAGACGGCAGAAAAGCUAUACAUUCUGGCGUCCAUCUAUCUUGCCUCUUCGAUCGGAUGGUGGAUGGUUUUUCGUCUUGUGCCAUCCGUCUAUGUGUUGACCUUACCUUUCUUGAUGUACGGGUUUGCCUUUCUAUUUGUCGGGCUCGCCGGUCCUAUCCACAACAGCACGAGUCAAGAAUGGCUGCAGAAUGUGGGUACCGGGUUCUAUUCGAUCGCGUCGUCAAGUGGCUCGAUUUUCUUCGCCCUCAACUUUGGAGAUGAAGGUGGAGCGCCCCUUAGCUCAUGGAUAUACCGAGCCACCGUGAUCCAGGGCAGCCAGCAGCUAUGCAUCAGUUUCCUGUGGUACUGGGGCAGCUGGAUGGCCAAUCUCAACCAGCAGGGGAGCACCCAAUUCAGCCUCACCAUGACCAACCCCCGGGCAUUGCUCGGGAUCGGAAUUGGCCUGGCCUGUCUGCUGUGGCUGCUGGCCGGCCUCGUCUUUUUCGGACUCCCUGCGUAUUAUCGAAAGGCGCCCGGUCAAGUGCCAACCUUUUACCUAUCCCUCUUCCGUCGUCGGAUCAUUCUUUGGUUCUUCUACAUGGUCUUUAUAUCCAACUACUGGCUGUCCGCACCGUACGGACGGAACUGGCUAUAUCUCUGGUCUAGCAAGCAUGCCAAGGUGUGGCAAAUUAUCCUCCUGGUGCUGUUGUUCUUCAUUGUUGUCUGGGCCGCAGCUCUCUGGGUCUUUCACGUCUUUUCUAAAAGACAUGCCUGGUUUAUACCGAUCUUUGCGAUCGGUCUGGGGGCUCCUCGAUGGGCCCAGAUGCUGUGGGCAACCUCCAACAUUGGCACGUACGUCCCGUGGGCCGGUGGUCCCGUUGCGGGAGCCAUCCUCGCGAGGGCACUGUGGCUCUGGCUGGGCGUUUUGGACAGCCUUCAGGGUGUCGCAGGAUUUGGAAUGAUUCUUCUGAACACGAUGACUCGCUUUCAUGUCACGUUUACGCUGCUGGCCGCGCAAGUGGUGGGAUCAAUAGCGACUAUCCUCGCGCGCGCCACCGCCCCGGACAAGUUGGGGCCCGGGAAUGUUUUUCCCGAUUUCUCCGCCGGCGUCCGAGCCGGGUUGGAGAAGGCCGACUUUUGGGUGUGUCUGUUGUUUAUGCUGUCCAUCAACGUGCUGUGCCUGUUCUUCUAUCGCAAGGAACAGCUUUCGAAACCUUGA